CUGUUGUACUGGACGCGAGUGGUUGCUACCUGGUGCUACGUCAGACUACUUGGAGCUGUCUAGGGCUAUCUCGGACUACCUGGAGCUACCUAGGGCUACUUGCUAUUGUUCCUAGUGAGGGUAGAAGGAAAAAUGAAGAAAUACUCUGUAAGCGCCAUUCAGUAUGUGCUUCUCGCUGUUCUAUCAAUCAUUCCUCAACUAUCAUCAUCUUCAGUCAUCCCGGAUAUCAUUCCACUCACGCUAUCAACCCCAAGUAGACGGCCGUUGAUCAAAGUCGUGGCCCAGAAGCGAGAUUUCGAACGCGGCGGCGACCUGAAUGACUACUUCCAAUUCGAUGAGGUGUUCGAUCAAGGGAAUAACAACAACGACUUCGGAUUAAGGCAAGGGAAUGAAGUGGUUAACGGAUACGGAGGAGGGAAGCCUGUGACGUUUUAUGAUACGGUCACAUUAACACAUACAAGCUAUCAACAGGUGGAAUUGACUAAGACACUGACGGACACCAGCAUUAGUUACGUCACUCAUAGAAGCACAGAAUACCUGACCUAUACUACUCCACUCCCCGUGUACAAUACAGAGUACGAGACAGAGUACAGAACAGAGUACUUUACGGAGACAGAGUACCAGGAAGUCCCAGUGUACACAACCAUAUUCCAGACUGAGUACCAAACAGAGUACCAAACAGAUACAUCAGUAUUAGAAGUACCAAUAUAUAGUACAUUAUUGAGUACUGUUUACCAUACCAAGUACAGAACUGAGUACUUAACAGACACACAAACAGAACAGGUUCCAAUAUACACAACAUUCUAUUCCACAUUUACUGAAACAUCUCACAUUCCUACAUACGUUACAGAAACCCAUUUUGACACACAGUACGUUACCUCUACAACUAUAGUCACUACAACUGCUAUAGAUUACACCACCAUCACAACCCACACGACAACAACAGCCUACGAGGAUGUUUACGUCACACAAACCCAUGAAAUACCUACAUAUAUUACAAGUACAGACUACAGGCAAGUUAUUAUCACCCAGACAUCCACACAACCUCACUACAUAACUACAACCGAGCUGAAAGAGGUUAUAGUUACUCAGACAACCACAAUACCACUCUACUUAACAACCACGGCUAUAUCUGAAGUCCGACUCACUACAACACAUCCGAUAAACAACUACAUAACUACGACUGUCCCCGCGUAUGUUGUCAGUACUGUAGAUCGCUUCGUCACCACUACAGCACCAAUCUACGUCACCAGAACCACUACAGCCCAGGUACUCAUCAACAGGCCAUCGAGACCGACAUCAACGCCUAAUCGUUACUAUACUUAUUAUGUUUGAUCCUGUGACUCCUAGAGGGGUUAAACCAGUCGUCAAUGGGUUAAAACAGUCAUCAAUGGGUUAAACCAGUCGUCAAUGGGUUAAAACAGUCAUCAAUGGGUUAAAACAGUCAUCAAUGGGUUAAAACAGUCAUCAAUGGGUUAAAACAGUCGUCAAAGGGUUAAAUCGUAGUCCUCAAUGGGUUAAAACAGUCGUCAAAGGGUUAAAUCGUAGUCCUCAAUGGGUUAAAACAGUCGUCAAAGGGUUAAAACAGUCAUCAAUGGGUUAAAACAGUCAUCCAUGGGUUAAAACAGUCAUCAAUGGGUUAAAACAGUCAUCAAUGGGUUAAAACAGUCAUCAAUGGGUUAAAACAGUCAUCAAUGGGUUAAAACAGUCAUCAAUGGGUUAAAACAGUCGUCAAUGGGUUAAAACAGUCAUCAAUGGGUUAAAACAGUCGUCAAAAGUUUAAAACAUGCUAAAAGGGUUAAACCAUCAUCCUCAAAGGGUUAAAAAAUGCCCAAGGGGUUAAAACAUCAUCCUCAAGGGGUUAAAACAUUAUCCUCAAGGAAUUUAAGUGAAAAUUCCUUAUAUUUUGACGUUUUAGGGAAUUUUUGUCGCGUCUAAUGAGAGAAUUUCUUAGUUUAGGGUAAAUUCCUUAUAUCUUGACGUUUUAGGGAAUUUUUGUCGAGUUUUAGGGUAAUUUUUUUUUAUAUUUAGGGUUUUAGGUAAAUUUUGUGGUUUUUUUUUAAAGGUUUAGGGAUUUUUUUAGUUAGAUGUCUGUUUAUAAAAGAUGGAUAAUGAUGUUAUAGUCAUUUAUAUAUAUUAUGUAGAGGGAAAUUAUGUAUAUACAGUACAUAUAUAAUGCAUGUAAACAGAUGAUGCACCUAGCCAGUCUGUCCAUCCGUCUGUCUGUCUGUCUCUGUGUCUGUUCCUUCCCCUCUCUCUUCUGUCUCUCUAUGUGUCUCCAUGCGUCUCUAAUGUGUCUCUAUGUGUCUCUAUGCGUCUCUAUAACUCUUCCUAUGCAGUAUCUAGUCUGAGUCAUGAUAUAAUAUACUUCAACUUAUUCCUAUAUAAGAUAAUAUAUAUAUCGACCCUAUGAUGAAAGUAUAUCGUUAAACCAUGCUAUAUAACUUUGGGUAUGUGUAAAAAGUAGCCACGAUUGGGAAAAAGUUGCCAAGAUCUGUAAAAAAAUAGCCAAGAUCUGUAAAAAAUAGCCAAAAUUUAGAAAACGUUGCCAAGAUCUGUAAAAAAAUAGCCAAAAUCUGUAAAAAAAUCGCCAAAAUUUAGAAAACGUUGCCAAGAUCUGUAAAAAAAUAGCCUAAAUUUAUAUAAACUAGCCGAAAAUCUACCCAAAUUACGUUCUAUAAAUAAAAUCUCUACAAUAAAUCAGAAAAUACCCAAAAUCGGGGUAGAAUAAAUCUGUGUUUGGAAUAUAUCUGUUAUACUGUGAAUAUAUUUAGUGAAAUAUACCAAAAAAAAUCUGGAAUUAAAGUAUUUAUUUUUCUCUCUCUCUCUGUCUAUUCCUCUAUGCCGUGACCAAGGUUUACAAAGACGCUGGUUAUCCCGACACCGAGGCAAGGACGAAACGAUGGUUGUGGUGAUUCAUACGUCAUAACGACCUAACAAAACACAAGUGAAUGUUUGAGGAUUGUAUGUCUGACGUCACUUGUGCAUGCCUGACGUCACUUGUGCAUGCCUGACGUCACUUGUGCAUGUAUGACGUCACUUGUUUAUGUCUGAUGUCGUUUGUUUUUAUAAAUUAGUUUUUGUUUGA